UUUUUUAUUUACAAAGUAUAACUACAACCAUCAACCAACAAUCAUUACAAUCAUAUAGCAUGAUACAGAAAAACAACUGCAGAAUUUGAAAUUGGCGCUUAACAUGCUCUGAAAGCAUUUAUACAAAACAUAGAUGGCAUCCUUUCGAGCAGAAAUUCGCAGAUUAGCAGACGACACGUUUGUACAUAAAGAAUAAGGCAUAUUAUGAAAUUUUUAAAAGAAUUUUUUGACAUCUUUAAUGAGAAUUAAAAGGAGACAUGACCCUAAUGUAGACUGAUUCGGAUCUUGCAUCUCAAAUUUGCUUUUUAUUUUGUACAUCAAUGUCAAGAUAUUAGAUAAUUUCACUAUGGAACUGAAUAAUGUGGGAAACAAUAAAAGUUCCAUACACAUGGCAAUAUCAUUUAAAAAAUUGUGUUUGGCAACGGUGUCCUUACCUCUUGUCACACUUUUAGUCUGUUUUGUUACAGCAUAUAUCUUCCAACAAGAUGAUAUCCAUGAAACACACUGCAGGGUUUAUAAUGUACUUCCAUCAAUCUCAGCUAUAACCGGUAUAUCUCCUCAAAGAUAUUUAUGGCGUAUAAGCAUAGCACUACACAUAGGUCCACGUCUAAUUAUUGCCAGUGUAUAUCAUUCGUAUUAUUAUAAAAUACUUAAAACAAUUGAAGACGUACCUUCUAAAAUUAUGGGAUCUAGACUUUUAAAUCUAUGUUAUUGGUUAAACAUUGCAGAAGUGGCAGCCCUAUGUGGAGUCACAUAUAUCUCUAAUAGAGAAAAUUAUUCUGUGCAUGAAAAGAUCUUCAUCCUCUUUAUGAUUAGUUCUUUAACAUAUAUGCUAACAGAAGUGAGAUUGGGUCGUCUUGUAACACCAAAUGCACAAAGUCUUCAGUACAAACAAGCACUUUUUAUAACUAGUCUUGUUAGUACUGUUGGACUUAUUAUUUUCUUCCUAAAGCACAGGCUACUGUGUCAUGAUCUGGCAUUUAGCUGGUUUUCCUUGUGCGAAUAUGUGAUUGCCUCUGCAAAUAUGGGUUUUCAUGUAACUGUAAUUCUAGACUUUCCUAAGGAGCAGCUGAUUGUUGGAAAUGGCUUAUCUACCUUAAAGGUGGAUUAAUUUGUAAUAUUUUAUACUCAUUAUUAUCUUAUUAUUGUCAUCAAAGUGCCUACUGCCACUGUCUGGAAGUGCUAUUGCCAAAAGUGAUACCAUAUAUAAUAUCGUACUAUAGAUAGCUGAGUAUCCACUGAUAAAUAUUGGUAAAUAUUUCUUAAUAAAAUGGUUGUAAUGGUUAUAUAAAUGAAAUCAAAACUUUAAUGAAAUCAAAUAUUAAAAAAUUCUCUUAUCUUAAGGAAAAUAAUUAUGAAUGCAAGAUCUGUAUAAUAGUUGUCGUAAUUUACAUUUUUUCUUUUUAGUAACUUAUUCAGAUUGAUUGUAAAUUUAUUCAAAUCACGAUUUAUAUUUAAAAGUAUUUCUAAAAAUAUUUAUGAACUAUAUACUUAUUCACAUAAAUAAUUAAAUUAUAUAGAUGACUUUUAUUAAAAGAUAUUUUUUAUGUUUAGUGGAUACACGGUUUGAAGCACAAUAUUUUUUCUAUUAGCAGAUUUUAGCGAAAUAGAAUUAAUUUUAUCGUUUUAAGUAAUGCUGCAAUACGUAAGAUAGUUUUGUGCUUAGCAUUUGCUUAGUUGAUGACUUUUAUCUUAAAUACACUUUCCAAUUACAAAAAGGCACAAUUGAAAGCUAAAGCCAAAAAGAGAAAAAAUAUUUAAAAAAAAAUCUAGCGCUUCCAAAGUAUGGCACUGGUAUCUUCCCAGGCAAUGAGAAAUAAUCUUUAAUGGCCUUUUAGGUAGUGAGAAUUUGUAGUGAUACAGAACAAAUAUGUAUCCUACAUACAAACAAUAUUUAACAUAAAAGUCCAAAAUAAUGAAAUUUCAUAUUUUAUUUCGAAGAAAGAACUAUUAUUAGUAUAAAGUAAAAACAUGUGCUUAUUUAUCGUGAAUUUUAAAUCGCUUCUCUAGUUUUUAAAAAGUGAGAUUUCUAGUCGAUAUUUUAUUCUAGUCCUUUUACAAUUUUCUCUUUUUUUUUCUUUUUUUAUCUGUUUUAAAAGUAAUAUCAUCGUUCUCAUGUCAUGAAUUUUUAACACAUUGUUAGCAUGUAGGAUGCAUUUGCGUACGUUCAUGGAAUAAUUGUACGUAAUCCUAAUUUAAGAUAUACAUAGUAGAGAUAUUAUUUAUCAUUGUACAGCUAUAAUACUACUAAUAUAUUUUAUCGUGUCUAUAUAUCAUACGAAUCAUACACUAUGUAAAAAUGAAAGGAAAAAUACAACCAAAAGAGAUGUCAGUUACUCGAUACUCAUGUAAUAUGGAUUGUAGCAAUAUUGUAUCAUGAACAUAAGGAUGAAUUAUUAUAUUCAUUUACGUAGCGUAUGAUUCUUAAGUACAACACGAUUGGCAUUUAAAUAAUCACGACGAAAAUAGGAAAUGCAAACAGAAAGUGAAAUCGAUGAUUAUCUUGUACGAUAUAUUCCUGACCAAAGCAUGAUUAUUACGUCCAAAAAAUACGGAGCAAAUUGACGAAGUUAAUUCGAAUAACUGUUUGUACUAAAUUUUAUAACGACAUGUUCCCUUUCAAGAUAUUCGCGUUAAAUAUUUCACAGAGAGCAUUAAAUGAGAAACAAGAAAAACUAUUUGUGAUAAAGUGCACUAUUGGAAUCAGUUGUAUAAAUUCCUACGAUUGUAUAUAUUACUACGACGUUACGUAAGUAAAAAUAUGAUUUUGUUUUUUAAAUGCAAUUAACUCCAAGUAUAUUUGCAUGGUAUAUUUUCGAAUACGAAUAGGAAUAUUUUUUUAUAUUGACAGACGUCAAUAUGUUUAUGUAUUUCACAACUUUUUUUGUUGAGUAUCUCAUAAUUGCAAGCUAAAUUCAAUUGUCAAGUGUUCAAAAGCACGUGAAAAUUGUAAUGUCAUGUACAAUCAUUCGAGCAACAUAUCUUGAUGACUACCAUCGUAAAAAGCAAGCAUUUGUAAUUGCCAUAUAGAAGUAAUCGCAGACUGUUAUGAAUUAAUUUAUUGGUACCGAACGUUAAAAUCCGUGCCAAGUGAUGAUUAAAGAUACCGUGCGUAUAUUAGAGAUCUAUUACAUUGGGAUAGAUCUCGAUCUGAUAAGACAGAAUAUCUUUAAUGAUUCACUUAUUCGCGAUAAAUCGUUUUUACAAUUUUAUUCUGUUCAAAUAUAUUUGGAAAUUAAACGAUUUUCUGCACUUGUUGCAUACAGAUGAAACAUGCACUGCUAUAUAUAUAUAUUAAAACGUUGUCUUUAUAAGGCAACUACGCUAUAUAGGAGGCUUGAAAAGGAGGCCAGAUGUGAUAAUUUCUGAUCAAUUGUUUGAGAGAUUUCUUAUUAUUCGUUCGAGUAAUUAUGAUAAUGAAAAUUAUUCUAAUUACAAAUACAGCAUAGCUGAAAUAAGUUUCAAUUUAAUUGUUAAUUUUCUGCAAUUCAUUUUUGAUGAAAAUAAUCUCCCAAACAAUUCUUCAAAAUUUUCCACCCAUGUCUCAAAAACACCUCGUAUGUCACGAUUCACUCAGACAUUAUGUUCAAAAUUAUUACAUUAAUGUGUAUAUUUAAACUAGAUAAUAUUAUAUCCACCGUUGUUCAUCUUGGUAUCUGAUUUUAUAGGAAGCUUGUACAUAAGCGUUAUCAUUAUAUUAUACUUGACAAACGAUCGGUCGCGGUCAAGGAACAAGAGAAAUCUAACACGAUUUGUGUAAAGCAGCAUCGUCUAUGUCGAUGCCAAAGCACGACGUGGAACAACCUUGACAUGUGUCAGAAUCUCUGUUUAAUUGAUGUCAGCCACUUGGCACGAUGACACUGUCAUGAAUUAGGUUGAACGUCUCCUCGCGACUCUUCGAAUAACAGGUUUAUUAUGUAAAGUAGUUCAAAGCGGGUUCUGGAGCAGAGUGAUACCAUCACUAUAAUUAUAAUGAUUAUUUAUUAAAACUGUCACAUUUACACUUUGCUCACUCUGUCUCCUCUCUCUUCUCUCUCUCUCUCUCUCUCUCUCUCUCUCUCUCUCUCUCUCUCUAUCUAUCUAUCUAUCUAUCUAUCUAUCUAUCUAUCUAUCUAUCUAUCUAUCUAUCUUUCUCUCUAAAUCACAUGUACAUAGAGAACAAAUGCACAUACACAGAUACAUAGCCAAAAGUAUUGAAAAUACAGCGUGAGAAACUUUUUAUCACGAUUAAUACUCGGAUUAAAGGGAUCGAUGAUAACAGUUUAUUGAUCAAAGAUUAUAGGGGUAUUCUAAUUUAGUAAAUAUGAAAUUCAAUUUUUGGAUUUUUUUCAUCGCAUGAACGAUAAUUACGUGUUCCCAAAGAUUUAAAAAAUUUAAAAUAAAAACGAAGAUAAUUAAAAUAUUUGGCGCCAUAAGAUGUUCAGUCUGCAUUAUCACUUAUCUAAAACAGGGGUUAAUCUAAAAUUAUUUUUUUGUCACGUGCCAAAAAUCAGUGAAGAAAAUAAUUAUCUAAAUUGGAAUAUCCCGUUUUUGCGAUUAACAAGAUGAAAGAUGAAAAAUUUUAAAGAUAUACAUACGUAGUAUUGUUCAUUUGACAUCUCUAAAUCGUUGCAUGCAUACACGCACAUUAGUAUUUUUGAA